CUAUGUGGGCCGCCCACCACUAGUUUUGGAUAUCGGAGCAGCUGCGAUAAUUAUUUUUUGGGAGAUUUUGCCAUUUUCUCAUGUAAUAAAAAAUAGAAAUAGCCAACAAUUAGAGGCCCGUAGAUAAAUGCCCCCGGAAACCGAGCACGCGAACGGAUAGAGAAUCAAGCGAACAUGGAGUGCAAUCUGGGCAGCGAGAUUGGCCAGAAGAUGCGGAGCGCCGUGAAGGCGAAACUGCUGGAACUGGGAACCGGCGGAUCGUCCGGCUUCAUAGACGACGAACUGCCGGACUAUGUGAUGGUCAUGGUGGCCAACAAGCGCACCAAACAGCAGAUGAACGCCGAGCUGAAUCUUUUCCUGGGCGACCAGACCGAUCUCUUUGUCACCUGGCUGCACGAGGUGCUGCAGAAGCUGCAGGAGGUGACUCUCCCUGCAGCCACUGCUUCCAGCAAGAAGCGCAAGUCUCGUGGCCAAGAAAAGGACAAAAAGGGCUCCAAGAAGGACAAGAGGACGCACCGCAAGUCCGGCGAUGAGCUGUCGGAGCCACCACAGUCGGGAUCCACGGAUGCCAUGCCCGUCAUCAGCUCCAUCACCGAUGUCUUCGCCGAGGAGCUGCUCGAAAAGGCCAAGAAAACCAUGGACCUUGAUCUCAGUGCCAAAGACGAGAUCCUGCACAAAAAGAAGAAGCGCAAAUCCAUCGAGGAUGUGGAGCCAACGGCCGAGAUCACAGAGAUCAGCUCAACAACAACAACCACAACGACGAGCGGCGUCAAUCGGGAAAAAGAUCUCGCCGAGCUGGCCGAAAUCCAGAAGAAAAUCCAUGCAGCCAAGAAGCAUUUACGUCAGAUUGGCGAAAUCGAGGACGAGAGCGAUGAGGACGAUGAGGACCUGCUGAAUCUGAGUGCCCAGGACGAGUCGGUGGAUCAGGAGCCCGAGGAGGAGCCGCCGCAAACGGAGGCGCCGCCGCGAAGAGCCAAGAGUCCCAUUGUUUUCAACCGACGCGAGAAGACACCCGAAAGGCGCGCAGAGGCUGAGCCGGAGAUUGAUUCCCGCCAGGAAGCGGCAGCUGCAGCGGCGGAGGAUCCGACGUCUGAAAAGUCCCGGGAAGAUCGUUCUGAGCGGAAGUCCGUGCACGAUCGGCUGGGCUCCAAGGCCCAGCAGCCGGCGGAGCGCUCGCAGCGCAACCAAAAGGAGCUCUAUGUGCCGGCCCAUCGGCGACGCAGUGAGCCCGAGGCCACCAAGGAGCGUGGCCAGCGGGAACGCUCGCGGGAGCGACGCUCUAGUCGCGAUACCUCCCGGGACACCAACCGCAAUCACCGCCAGCGUCGUUCGCCCAGUCCAGAGGCUCCAAGUACCAAGCAACGCAUUGGUUCCCGGGUAAUUGUGGCCGUUAACAAGCCGCCCGAACCGUCGGACGAUGAGGAUAUGGCGGAUAAACCGGUGAACUCCGUCAUCAAGAUCAAGCCGCGGCCACAGGUUUCUCCCAGACGGCAGGCCUGUAAGAACCUCCUGCUGCGUGCCGUCGCAGAUGCCCAGCGCUCGACAAUUCUGGCCAAGACUUCGUCGAAAAAGGAGAGCGAGGAGGUGGUGGGCAAGAUCAGCAGCUCGCUGGGCAAGCGCAAAUCGAUGGAUAAGAACGAACGCGAGAGGGAUCGAGGCAAGCGGAGUGCAGCCGGCAACGAACUCUUCCGGCGAACCACUCGUGAGUUGGUCGUAAAUGUGACCCAGCGCGAUGGCAAGCGUACGCGGCGCUCCAAUGAGAGUCGCGCCGAGAUCAAGGUGGUGGAGGAGGAAUAUACCCCCUCUCUGUUGACUGAGCAGAUCGAAACGUAUGUGCCGCAGUUGCUGACCAAUGUGGAUGAACUGGAUUUGCACAUUAGCUCGCAUGAUGAGCCGAGUCCCAGUUCCGGAGCACUCAAAACCCAAUUUGUGGUGACCUUAAACGGCGACAAGGGAGGCAACGGCAAGGGAGGCUCCUCCUAUCGCAAGCGGCCGAGCAACUCACGCCGGCGCUCCUCCUCGCCCGUGUCCACGCCACAAGUGUCCUCCUCCAGCGCCGAGCCGACGUCCACGACGGCGGACAAGCGACGCCGAUCGAAUCGGGACAGGAGCUUCUCGCCCUCGCCCACACAGAGCAGUGGUUCGCCCUCCCUGCCGACGACACGCAGCCUCAAUCGCAGCGAGGUGCUGCGGCAGCCGCAGGAGAUUAAAAAGAUCAUCAUCAAGAACGACACGGAUGAGGAUGAUGAAAUGCAUGGAUCGCCAAAGAAGCGUUCGCCCAAUAAACGCCAACAGGGAGCCACAACCUCGGCCAAUGGCCACAAGGACAAUAAGGACAAAGCUCCUCCAAUCGAGGAGAGAUCGACUACUCCGCCGCUGCCGGCCAAACCAAAGCAGCGGCCGGAGAAGCGAGCUUCCAGCAAGGAGAAACCCAUAAGAUCGGAGUCAGUAGAGGCGCCAGCGGGAGCCACAGCCGCCGUUGUCUCCACUACAGCUACCAAAGCCAAGCACACGCCCAUUAGAUUCACACUCAAAAACGAGGACGAGCCGAGUCCGACAAAGAAGCGGCGUUCCGGCAGCCACGAACGCGAUGCAGUGGGUCUCGAGAAGCGCAGAGUUCCCAUACGUAAUGCGGAAGACAGGAAGUACGACAACCUGCCGGCAUUGAGCGCAGUUAGCGUGGAUUCAACCGUGCUGAAGGUGAACAAACCCAAAGAGCGCUGCAAGUACCAUCCGAACUGCACCAAGCAGUUUUGCGAGUACUACCAUCCCACGGCGCCCUGCAAGUCCUUCCCCAAUUGCAAGUUUGCGGACAAGUGCAUGUACUCGCAUCCCAAGUGCAAGUUCGACAUGGCCUGCAUGAGCAUCGACUGCAACUACGCACAUGGGGGUCAAAGGGAUCUCAGUCAUGUGCAGCUGGCGGCGCCGCCUUUAUCCUCUCACGUCAUCCCGGUGCAGAACUACAAGUCGAUAUCGGCUCCUGUCACCUCCACGACGGCGACCACGAUGUGCAAGUACUACCCCAACUGCUCCAAGUUGGGCUGCACCUUUUAUCACCCGAAACCCUGCCGCUUUGGCAAGAACUGCGUAAACAAGCUGGAGUGCAUCUUCUACCAUCCGGAGAUGCAGAGCAAAUUCAAGUGGGUGGCAUCUUUGGGCUGAGUUGUUGGCCUGCACUGCACUGCGCGAUCGAGCGGUAUUUAGCAAAUGUACUCUGGACUCCCGACUAUUCGAUACCACUGUCUUUCAAUUGUAUGAUUAGGCAAGCUUGGAGUUAUUUCUUUCUACAUACACAGAGUUGUAUACCUAUUUAAUUGAUUGAUUUUUAUUUGCAUUCAUCCUAUUGCUUAUAAUUAAUAACUUUUAUAUUAGUCAUUAGCAGCUCUCUCACUGAAAUGAUAAACAAAACAAAAGUUUGUUGUUCGUGCCGAUUUGUUUGCAUUCAAACCACAAAGUACACGUCAUGCUAAAGUUGACGAAUAAAUUUAGCAAUAGUUGCUACAAAUUGGAAAAAGGAAA